AUGACUUCGUUUUCAUCCAACAACUUUGCCAAUAAGGUGAUCGCUGUGACUGGCGCUGCAAGCGGCAUCGGUCGUGCUGUCACGGUUUACUUGGCCUCCCGCGGCGCGUCGCUGGCGAUUUCUGAUAUUCAGGCUGAUGCUUUGUUACGGCUCACCGAAGAGCUGUCGGCAUUAAACCCUGACGUAGUCAUAAAAGCUACCGUCGUCGACGUCUCCAAGUCCGAUCAAGUCCGAGACUGGAUUCAGGGCACCGCCCAGGAAUUUGGACGUAUCGAUGGAGCAGCCAACAUUGCUGGGAUAGGAGGCUCUAGUCAAACCCGCCUUGAAGAAGAAACUGAUGCGGAGUGGCAGGGUGUUCUCGAUAUCAACCUGUCGGGAACAAUGUAUUGCAUGCGGGAGGAGCUUCGACACAUUGUUGAUGGAGGAUCGAUUGUCAACACCUCCAGUGUUCUUGGGCUUCGAAGCUCCCCUUCUCCCGGGGGCUCCGCCUAUGUCGCUAGUAAGCAUGCCGUCCUUGGGCUGACGAGAAACGCGGCACGGGAGUAUGGAGCCAGAAAUAUCCGUGUCAACUGCAUCAAUCCGUUCGUGUUUCAUUUCCCACAGCUUUAA